CACAGGAGCCGACAGGAGCCCACAGGAGCCGACAGGAGCCGACAGGAGCCGACAGGAGCCGACCGUCACCAUGGAGACGCACAGAGCAGACCUCCCCCCCGCCCUCCUCGUGCCCAGCGGCGAGAACCUGCUCAGCUUCAUCUGCCACUUCCAGCUGGACUCUGGACCUGCGACGUUUCAGGACGACCCGACUCAAACGGUGACGGUGACUCUGCCGGCGCAGUGCAGCGUCUACCAGCUCCGCCUCCGCAUCUGCAUGAAGGUGCAGGAGCGUGCUCUUCAUCCUGAGCCUCUCUCUGUUCUAGACCCGGAGAAAAACACUCUGUUGUACCUGAGGGGCGGAGCCUGGUACGAGGCCUACGACGACUGUCAGGUGCUGCGGACCCUCCUCAUCCCCUGGAGCCACGACGAGAGCGGCCACCGGACCGCCAGGGUCCUGGUCAAACAGGCGGUGGCGCUGGACUCGGAGCAGCGGCAGGAGCAGCAGAAGCUCCUGUCGUACCUGAUCGGACACGACCUGGAGAAGGAAACUCGCGACCGUUUGGACGAGCUGACGUUCACGCGGAGGAAGCUGGCGUCGCCGCGGCGACAGGAGGUGGCGAGCCGCGACCCGGCGGCGUACGCCACGGAGCCCUGGGUGACGGACGCGCCGCUGCCCCCUGACCUCCUGGAGCUCGCCAAGAGGAAGCUCAUGGUCACGCUGCACUACAAGGACAAGAUCAGCUUCAGCCUCAAGGUGGAGCACGGGCACACGGCCGACGGACUGUUACAGAUGGUCCGCAGGGUUCUGGAGGAGCAGUGUGUGGACUUCGAUCGCUCAGACCCUCUGGUUCUGAAGGUCUCGGGUCGUGAGGAGUUCUUCAGCGGACACCACAGACUCUGCAGCUUCCUGUGGGUCCGUCACUGCAUGAAGACCCACACGGAGCUGCACCUGUCGGUCCUGCCGUGGUCCUGCCUCCCCAGCGACGCCCUGGACUCGGAGGACUGGCCGCCCGUGGACGGUUUCAGCGGUCAGUUCAGCUCCCACGACGACCUGCGUCUGGACAAGAAGGACGUGGACGACAUCUGCAUGAUCUCGUUGUGGGACUGUAACCGGAAGCUGCGGGUCAAACUGCUCGGCUUCGACGCGCCCGCGCUGCCGGACAAGUGCCCGCCCCUGGUGUACGUGGAGGCGGCGCUCCUGUACGGCAGCAGCGUGCGGGCGUCCGUCAGCUCCGCCCCCAAAGCCACGGCGGAGGAGGUGCUGUGGAACGAGUGGCUGGAGUUCGACGUCCUCCUGAGCGACCUGCCCCGAGGCGCCAAGCUCGGCCUGACCGUCAACGCCGCCGCCAACGACGGAACGCUCAGCAGACAGGAAGCGAAGGCCGCGUCCGUGAGGGAGCCCAAACCGACGGGCAAAGACAAGAGCACGCUGCCCCCUGGUGGCCGCGCCGACCACAAACCCAACGGCAGAAUGCUCUACUUCGUCAACCUGCUGCUCAUCGACCACAGGUCGGUUCUGAGUCAGGGUUCUCACACGCUGCACAUGUGGAGCUGCCCGACCCAAACCCAGGACGAGGGCGUGACGUUCGGCGCCGACAAACUCUCCUCUGCCACCAACCCGGACCUGAGCGGUUCUGUGGCCAUCAGCUUCUGCCUGGACCGAUACAGCUUCCCCGUGGUACUGCCCAACUCGUCCAGAACUCAGAACCCGUGCACCUCCACACCUGACGCCCCGCCCUCCGAGCACCUGUCGCCCUCCGAGCACCUGUCGCCCUCCGAGCACCUGUCGCCUUCCGAGCACCUGUCGCCCUCUGAGCACCUGUCGCCCUCCGAGCACCUGUCGCCCUCUGAGCACCUGUCGCCCACCGAGCACCUGUCGCCUUCCGAGCACCUGUCGCCCUCCGAGCACCUGCCAGGCCCUGACACUUCCCCUGACCCCCCCGCCCCUGUCAGCCCCCCCACCCCCGUCACCCCCCCGUCACCCCCCCCGGCGCCCCCCCCGGCGCCCCCCCGGCGCCCCCCCGGCGUGCCCCUCAGAGGUCCCGGCGGGCGCCCGGGUCUGGGUCACUUCCGGCAGGACAGUGUGCGUUACGCGUCGCACCUGCCGGAGUUCCUGCGGCGGCGGGUGGACUGGGUGGACCGGCGGGCGGUGGAGGACGUGCACUGGCUCCUGGACCACUGGGGGGCGCCGCAGGACCUGGAGCUCACGGUGGCGCUGGAGCUGCUCGGACUCGACUUCAUCGACCACCGAGUCCGAAAACUCGCCGUGGAACGACUCGACUGUUUAAGCAACGCUCAGGUCCUCAGGUACCUGCUCCAGCUCGUCCAGACGUUGAAAGUCGAGCCGUAUCACGACAGUUUCUUGGCUCGGUUCCUGAUCCGACGAGCUCUGAGGAGCAAGCGAAUCGGGCACUUCCUGUUCUGGUACGUGCGCAGCGAGGUCCUGGGGUGUCCGUACUUCAGGCAGAGGAUGGCGCUCGUCCUCGAGGCGUAUCUGCUCGGCUGUGGGCGGGGCAUGCUCCAGAGUCUGCGCCAACAGGUUCAGGCAGUAGAGGCGCUGCAGACUGUGGCCAUCGACAUAAAGCAGCUGUUCCAGAAAAGAGACGUCGACCCCCAAGCUCCUCUUCGUCUCCGUGAGUUUCUCCAGAACAGCGACCUUCCUCCUGAGUUUGUUUUACCCUACGACCCCCGAGUCAAAGUGGGAAACCUGAUCCUGGAGAAGUGUAAGGUGAUGGCGUCUAAAAAAAAGCCGCUGUGGUUGGAGUUUGAGCCGAUGCCGUCGCCCACGACCUCUGACCCCGUGGGCAUCAUCUUCAAACACGGAGACGACCUGCGCCAGGACAUGCUCGUCAUCCAGACGUUUGUUCUGAUGGACUCGAUCUGGCAGGACAAGUCUCUGGACCUGAACCUGAUCCCGUACGGCUGCAUCGCCACCGGACACAACAUCGGGAUGAUCGAGACGGUGCGAAACGCCGUGACCAUCGCGGCGAUUCAGAAGAGCCGCGGAGGAAGCGCCGGAGCGUUUAAGAACGACGCGCUGUUCGAGUGGCUCAAGUCCAAGUGCCCCCUGCAGGAGAUCCACUUCCAGACGGUGGACACCUUCGUGAAGUCGUGCGCUGGAUACUGCGUCGCCACCUACGUCCUGGGCAUCGGAGACCGUCACAACGACAACAUCAUGAUCACAGACAAAGGGAACCUGUUCCACAUCGACUUCGGGCACAUCCUGGGGAACUGGAAGCGGGUUCUGGGCGUGAGUCGGGAGCGAGUUCCCUUCGUCCUGACGCCCGACUUCCUGUACGUGAUGGGACGAGUCAAACACAAGAACAGCCUGUACUUCGACCGCUUCAAGGAGAUCUGUACAGGUGCGUACCUGUCCCUGCGCGCUCAGUCCCGCCUCCUCGUCACGCUCUUCUCCAUCAUGAUGCUGACGGGGAUGAGGGAGUUAAGCUCCGCCCCCGACAUGCUUUACCUGCGCGAGGUGCUGCAGGAGGGGCGGAGCCAGGAGGAGGCGCGGCGUCACUUCCUGGAGCAGAUCGACGUCUGCGUCACCGACGGGUGGACGGUGCAAACCAACUGGUGGCUCCACAUCCUCAUGGGCAUCAAGUAGAGACCCCUGCACACGUGUGCCGGGUGCCCUCACACGUGUGCCGGGUGCCCUCACACGUGUGCCGGGUGCCCUCACACGUGUGCCGGGUGCCCUCACACGUGUGCCGGGUGCCCUCCCACACGUGUGUCGGGUGCCCUCUCACGUGUGUCGGGUGCCCUCCCGCUCUCAGAGACGCUGUAAAUAAAUGUGCAUCAGUUCAACUUCGUCUCCUCUCACAGAGUUUUGCAGUCAACUAGCAUGCUACCAGUGCACUUCCUGAUCCUCUGACCUCAGAUCUUCUCACCUUCACGUUCGUCCUUUUGUUUUCGUUCUAAAACUCGUCAUUAAACGUGUU